AAAAUCAAAAUAACAAAUUCUUCAAACUUCUCACUUUCAUUUGAGGUUUUUGGAAAUCUGAAAUCCACACCCAAAUGGCUUCCUUUGCAGUAUUUUCACCAAUAUGUCCUGUUUUUUCUCAAGCCAAACUGAACCUUAACUGUAAAUCCUCUCUUUUUUCUUCUUCGUAUAAACCCACUUUAAGCUCUACUAAAUCUUCAUUUUUACAGUAUGGUUUCAAUUUACCAAUCUCUAAUUUUUCUGGGUCUUCAUUAAAGUCCAAGGUUAUGGGCACAAUCUCUGCUAGAGCUGCUACUGAGAAAACUAUUCAUGACUUCAAUGUUAAGGAUAUUGAUGGGAAAGAUGUCCCACUUAGCAAAUUUAAGGGAAAGGUUCUUCUAAUUGUCAAUGUUGCUUCCAGAUGUGGCUUGACGACAUCAAAUUACACAGAGCUCUCUCAGGUGUAUGAGAAGUAUAAAACUAAAGGACUUGAGAUUCUUGCUUUUCCAUGUAAUCAAUUUGGGGCUCAAGAGCCAGGAUCUAAUCCAGAGAUUAAACAGUUUGCUUGCACUCGGUUUAAAGCUGAAUUCCCAAUAUUUGACAAGGUCGACGUGAACGGCCCUAACACGGCACCAGUUUACCAGUUCCUAAAAUCAAGUGCAGGAGGAUUUUUAGGUGAUCUGGUUAAGUGGAAUUUUGAGAAGUUUCUUGUGGACAAAAAUGGUAAAGUUGUUGAGAGGUAUCCACCAACAACGUCACCUAUCCAAAUAGAGAAGGAUAUUCAGAAACUUUUGGCAGCAUAACUUGUAUGGAGACUGAUUCCUGCUUUAUGUACAUAUAUGAGGGAGGAAAAUGGUAUAAUGCCACCUUUUAGAUGUUCACAAUUAUAUGAAUCCACUCUCAACUUUUGUUUUAAAAUGAUAUGAAAAGUUGAUAUAUCUCAAGGAUGGUUUUGCUGAUUAAGUUGUGCUUUUGUGUUCGUACUUAAAUUAACAAGAAAUGAGUUUUGGCCUCAUGUAUAAUAGGGUUGGUUCACUGUGAACAUUAAUAUACUACGUUGUAAUUUCUCUCU